UUUCGUACGUAAACAAAACAGAGCACGUGCUAUGUUUGUGUGAAGUGUUUAUUGUUAUAUUCAAAUUAUUUUACUCAAAAUGGAAUAAUUUAUUUUAUUCAAUUUUUUUUUUAAUCGUUGCAACCAUGACUCUCAGUGUUGCUGAUCAGAUUGAUAGAGUAUCCACAAGUUUUCAAUCACUCACGGAACAUCCUGAUAGAUAUUUGAAAGCACAAAAUGAUAUUGUCGAAGAUGUCAAGCAACUAGUAAAAAAUUCUUAUGAUCUUACAAAGACACUAGAAGAAAAUACGGCAGUUGAAAACAAAGAGUCACUGCCGGAGCUGCUGAUAGAAGGUUUUGACACUGAACAGAUAUGGCAGCAAUUGGAACUCCAAAACCAACCGGUCCUCAAAAGUCUCAUUUCAGCCAUUAGUUCAUUUAAAGCCAGAAAAAGUCCUCUAACAUUCUUUCCAUCCGAUGAAUCUGAGAAAAAACCCUUGAAAUCAAAAGUACUCAAAGACCAUGGAUCCAACAAAAAAUCCACGUCCAGAAAAGCUCAGUCUGAUGGUGAAGAAUCAGAUGAAGACAAACAAUCGGAUGUUGACGAAUCAGAUAAGGAAGAAUUGAAUGAGGAGAUGGAGGAAGAAGAGAUAAAUGAGGAAGAUCUUGAUGAUGAUGAGUUAGAUGAUGAAGAGCUGGGCGUAGAAUGUUAUGAUGAAGAAUUAGAAACCAUUAAAAAGAAGAAAAAAAGUAUUAGCAAAGAUGAACGGAAGGUGAUAAUUGAGGGCGAGGACUCUGAUAUGGAUGAAUACCCUGAAGAAGAGGAGGAUGAAGGUUAUGACGAUGAAGAAGCAGCCCGUGAACUCUUUGGAAAAGGAGAAAGUGGAUCGGAAUCAGAUUCAACAUCCAGAAAACGAAGAGCAGAAGAAGAAUAUGAGAGCGAUGAAAAUGGAGAGCCAAAAUCUACGUUCGAAAAAAGACAGGAACGGUUGAGGCGUAGAAUAGAAAAAUUAGAAGAGGAUGCUCUUGCAGAGAAACCAUGGCAAAUGAAAGGGGAGAUUUCGAGUAAAGGGCGACCAAAGAAUUCUCUCUUGGAAGAAGUUUUGGAGUAUCAAGACACAUCAAGACCAGCUCCUGUCAUCACUGAAGAGACAUCAAUGAAAUUGGAGGAUGUGAUCAAGCAGCGAAUCAAAGAUCAAGUUUGGGAUGAUGUCGAGCGGAAAGUGAAGCCUGUAAAAGGUCCUCUAGAGUUCAAAAAAAAACUGGUGCUAGAUCAACAGAAGAGUAAAUUAAGUUUAGCAGAAGUAUAUGAGCAAGAAUUCGUCAAACAACGAGAUGCCCUUAACCCUGAAACAGCGGAUGUUACAGAAGAGACGCCCAAAGAACACGAAGAAAUCUCGAACAUGAUGUCCUCCCUUUUCAGAAAAUUGGACGCUCUGAGUAAUUUCCAUUACACUCCGAAACCCGCUGUACCAGAGCUGAAAAUCAUCAACAAUUUACCGGCUGUUACUGUUGAAGAAGUGGCUCCUGUUUCAGUUUCAGAUGCUGCCUUACUAGCUCCGGAAGAAGUCCAAAGGAAGCAAAAAGGAGAUCUCAUUGGAAAGGAAGAAAGGUCCACAACAGAUAAGAAGCGUGAGAGGAGGAAAAAGAAACAACUGCAGAAGAAGAAGAGGUUGGAGAAGGAAGCUAGAGAAAAAGAAAUUAAGAGUAAAAAAGCAGUUCCAGAUGUAUUCUAAUUUUUCUUGUGUAAAGUUAAGUUUUCGCGUAAACUUACUUCCUCCCUUGAACAUCAUGAGAAAUAAUAGUGUGGACUUCUGUUUGCGCUGGAUUUUUUUAAAACGGUCCAGAUUUUGUUCACUUGCAUCAUUUUUUUCAAAAACUCUACCACCUGUUCAUAUUUUGAUUUAUUUCAUUCAUUAAGGAUCCUCAAACAGUCAAAUGAAGAUCUAAUAUCUCAGUUUAUAUUUCAUACAAACUUGUUUCUCAUGUUUUGUUCUUGUGUGUCAAUUAAGUAAAUAUUGUUCAUUCAAAGAGCUACCUCUAUCACUGUGGUCUUUUCUUGUGCAAGAUCAAUUGUUUUAAUUAGACUGUUGUACAAAUGUAUCAACAAUCCAUUUUUUUCUCUUUUUUUUAAGUAAAGAGGUAGUAAUUUCUUAGUUGUAAAGUCUAAGUAAGUUGGCCUUGAAAGUUAAUGCCUACAGAAGCAUGCCUCCAUUGGCCUCUUCCUCAGUAUGAACAAGUUUGUUACAUUAUGAUGGUGUAUUUGUUGUGUUUCAAUCAUAGCUACCUAGAUCAUGUAAGUCAUCAAUGAUUAAUGAUUGAAUAAUCAAGUAAACCAUUAUUUUUGUUUUUUAUGUUUUUCGAAACUGGUGAGCUAUUGUUUUUUGAACUGAACAGCAAUCCCCUGAACAUGUCUUUACACAUAUAUUCUAGUUCAACUGGUAGCCAAAACCUUGUGACUAGUAAUAUCACCAGCAAUUUUGCUGCUGAAGGACCAAAUCAUCACAAAAUAUGUGACGGUUUGCAUGGAAUAGGGUAGGCAAUUUUAAAUCAAUGACAGAUAAUAGAUUAUUUGUCAGAAACAAUGGUGAAAAUCCCAUUUCUUUUUUUGCAUCAAUUUGAUAUGGAAAUCUAUUUUUCGAACCAAUGAGCAAAGAAAAUCAAUGAAUUUCUCAGUUCAAUAAAUUAAGUGUAAAGAAAAAGCUUGUCCAAAUUGAGGAGUUCCUUCAAAUAACUAUGUAUAACAGAAAUGAUGAGUGUGAGAAAUUCACUAAUGAAAGAUUCAAAUGCGUGCAGUCUUGACAAAAAUUGAUGAAUUUUUAAAAUUUAAAAGCAGUAUUGAAGAGCAUACUCUCCUUGAUCGGUCGAUUUAAAGAUAAACAUUUUAAAGUGAUCCUGCGCUUUAUAGUAGAGAAAGCUGCAAGUUCAGGUAUAUAUGCUUUUCACGAAGAACCACUCUUGCACCUCGAAAAUACCACUUAGAUCAUCGAUUUUAGCACAAAUUUGACAAGAAAUCAGAGUUGCGAAAUGAAAUUUCACCAGAAAGUUUCACAUGAAAUUUCAUUUUGGCCAGAAAGUUUCAUGAUAAGUGAAAUAUUCCUAUUUUAGUAGAAAAAAUGUAUUUAAACCUUUAGAAUCACUGUCAGAGCUAUUCUGAGUCAUAUUUUACCGUAAAUAUACUCAUUCGGAGGCUUUCACUCAUAGCAAAUCCCAUUAUUUUACAGUUUCCGCCCGAGCAGAACUGUCGGGAGUGCCAAACCUAAAAAUUGAAAAUAUUUGUUGUGAUUAUUAAAUUGGUGUUUAAUUGUUUACAAUCGUCAAAGAGCGAGAGGUGUAAGAAGUUUCCGUAAUCUUGAGGGUAAUUUUGAAUACCUCAUUUUUUUUAAAGAUAGGGUGUGGCAAGAGCCCUCCUAAAUUUUUAAGAUGAGAAGGUUAUUUGUUUUUUUUUAAAAAAGAAGCAAAUUCCCGUAUUGUUUGUCAACUAUUUAUUUUCUAAAAUCCUUCAAAUGAUAGUGAAAAAUUCCAAUGCACAAGUCAGUCAUUGUCAUCGCAUAUCUUUUUGGAAUCCACCUCCCUUCCCCGCUCGACAUCGGCCCUCUUCUCGGCCGCAGCCAGAAGAAAUUCACUGCAUUUGAACUUCCCACCACAAUGUGCGGUAGGGUCUCAAAAUCCAUCCAUAGGAUCACAGGAAUGAGUAAUAAUUACUGACCUGUGUGGAUUGGUCUUAAUGCCUGAAAGAAACCUCUAAAAUAGUUCAAAAGUUAUUGGAAUCGAAGUGCGUAGAUGCAUUUGUCUUGCAAUAUUGUUUUACUGACAUCAAACAUUUCAAAGUAAUGAAAAAAUACAAUGAUGAAUGAAAAAUUUAUGUGAUGUGAAGGGAAGUGGGUAGGGAACACAAAUUGUAUAUAAUUUUUAUUAUUUUAAGCUGUUUCACAAACCUCUGGAUGUAACAUAGAAAGUUUAAAAAAGUGAAUAAAAUUUCAUGAAAUUUUAUCGUAAAA